AUGAUCUUUCCUUCCUCUGGGGCCUCAGCGGUCCCCAAACAGGCAACCCCGGGCCCUCUGCGGAGCAGCUGUCAGACCCCGUAUCCUGGCUUUUCCGGCCUGGACUGUGGGAAACCACCCCAGGCCUCCACAGGCCCCGACUGGGUCUGUUCCCUGUUCCCCCAGCCACCCCAGGCCUCCACAGGCCCCGACUGGGUCUGUUCCCUGUUCCCCCAGCCACCCCAGGCCUCCACAGGCCCCGACUGGGUCUGUUCCCUGUUCCCCCAGCCACCCCAGGCCUCCACAGGCCCCGACUGGGUCUGUUCCCUGUUCCCCCAGCCACCCCAGGCCUCCACAGGCCCCGACUGGGUCUGUUCCCUGUUCCCCCAGCCACCCCAGGCCUCCACAGGCCCCGACUGGCACAGUGAGGAACCCCAGUCCAUCACACAGCACAGUGAGGAACCCCAGUCCAUCACACAGCACAGUGAGGAACCCCAGUCCAUCACACAGCACAGUGAGGAACCCCAGUCCAUCACACAGCACAGUGAGGAACCCCAGUCCAUCACACAGCACAGUGAGGAACCCCAGUCCAUCACACAGCACAGUGAGGAACCCCAGUCCAUCACACAGCACAGUGAGGAUCCCCAGUCCAUCACACAGCACAGUGAGGAACCCCAGUCCAUCACACAGCACAGUGAGGAACCCCAAUCCAUCACACAGCACAGUGAGGAACCCCAGUCCAUCACACAGCACAGUGAGGAACCCCAGUCCAUCACACAGCACAGUGAGGAACCCCAGUCCAUCACACAGCACAGUGAGGAACCCCAGUCCAUCACACAGCACAGUGAGGAACCCCAGUCCAUCACACAGCACAGUGAGGAACCCCAGUCCAUCACACAGCACAGUGAGGAACCCCAGUCCAUCACACAGCACAGUGUGGAACCCCAGUCCAUCACACAGCACAGUGAGGAACCCCAGUACAUCACACAGCACAGUGUGGAACCCCAGUCCAUCACACAGCACAGUGAGGAACCCCAGUCCAUCACACAGCACAGUGAGGAACCCCAGUCCAUCACACAGCACAGUGAGGAACCCCAGUCCAUCACACAGCACAGUGUGGAACCCCAGUCCAUCACACAGCACAGUGAGGAACCCCAGUCCAUCACACAGCACAGUGAGGGACCCCAGUCCAUCACACAGCACAGUGAGGAACCCCAGUCCAUCACACAGCACAGUGAGGAACCCCAGUCCAUCACACAGCACAGUGAGGAACCCCAGUCCAUCACACAGCACAGUGAGGAACCCCAGUCCAUCACACAGCACAGUGAGGAUCCCCAGUCCAUCACACAGCACAGUGAGGAUCCCCAGUCCAUCACACAGCACAGUGAGGAACCCCAGUCCAUCACACAGCACAGUGAGGAUCCCCAGUCCAUCACACAGCACAGUGAGGAACCCCAGUCCAUCACACAGCACAGUGAGGAUCCCCAGUCCAUCACACAGCACAGUAAGGAUCCCCAGUCCAUCACACAGCACAGUGAGGAACCCCAGUCCAUCACACAGCACAGUGAGGAACCCCAGUCCAUCACACAGCACAGUGAGGAUCCCCAGUCCAUCACACAGCACAGUGAGGAUCCCCAGUCCAUCACACAGCACAGUGAGGAUCCCCAGUCCAUCACACAGCACAGUGAGGAUCCCCAGUCCAUCACACAGCACAGUGUGGAACCCCAGUCCAUCACACAGCACAUGAGGAACCCCAGUCCAUCACACCACAGUGAGGAACCCCAGUCCAUCACACAGCACAGUGAGGAUCCCCAGUCCAUCACACAGCACAGUGAGGAUCCCCAGUCCAUCACACAGCACAGUGAGGAACCCCAGUCCAUCACACAGCACAGUGAGGAUCCCCAGUCCAUCACACAGCACAGUGAGGAUCCCCAGUCCAUCACACAGCACAGUGAGGAACCCCAGUCCAUCACACAGCACAGUGAGGAACCCCAGUCCAUCACACAGCACAGUGAGGAUCCCCAGUCCAUCACACAGCACAGUGAGGAUCCCCAGUCCAUCACAUAG